AUGAGAAAUUAUUUGUUAAGAAGAUGGAUAAGCAGUCUGGUCACAUCAAAACGGCUGUAUUUUAAUAAUGCUGUAAGAAGAAGUAUGACAACUGAUGAAGCUGCAGACAAAAAGGUAGAAGAAUCAGAAGAAUAUGAGCCUUAUGACAAUAGCGAGACUGUACAAGUAAUCAAAGAAAUUAUUGAAGGAAGAGUCAGGCCUUAUGUAAAAGAAGACGGCGGAGAUAUAAGAUACAUGGGCUUUAACAAAGAAACCGGAAUUCUCAGGCUAAAAAUGUUGGGGUCUUGUGCAGAUUGUCCAUCACAAGAUGACACAUUAAAAGAAGGAAUCGAAAAGAUGAUGAUGUUUUACCUGCCUGAAGUCAAAAGAGUAGAAGCUGUUAUUUAA